AUGCAAGGCCACCAGGAAUCAGUUCGUGGAACGAGGCACUUGUCCCUUCUCAAUCAGGAGAUAUGCAAUCGUGGAUUCAUGCGAUUACUGGGGUUGGGCAAACACAGAUUCCAAACCAUUGCAAGUGCUUCACGGGCUGGGUUGGACAAGUGCCCCAUGGAUGAACGUUUUUUACCACGUGCUGCCAAAGAACCAAGUGUCAAGAGACAAGCUGUGUAUGACUUUCUUCAUGCCUUGUGGGAACAAGCUGGCGAGACCCUGCCUGAUCCAAACCACACUGGAAGCAACAAAAGACCUCGCCAGGGACAGCAUCGGUUUGACGACAAAAGCUUGCCCAGGACUGAUUUGCGUCACAUACCCCCUGGCAAGUUCAUGGACUAUUUGAGACUUUGUCGGUUGGAAAAUCCUGACUUGCUGAUUUCACGGAAACUCUUCACAAGUGUAUGGAUGGUUGACUUUCAGAACAAGCUUCGCAUUCGACAGACUGGGCAUCAUGCGAAAUGCAGCGUUUGCAUUCGCCAUCGCCUCAUAAUCAAGAGGAAAUGUCACUUCGCCAAUUUCUUGGACAACCCUCAUUUGAAGGGCAUCGGUGGAUUGACCCGCGACAGCCUCAUCGACAAGUUCUGGCGGCGAAGAAACGUCGCUCAAAGCCUGUCAGAUGUUGUGCUGAGGACAAAGCGGUUCAUGUCCGAUGCGGAGUAUCAGCCAAAGGUCUUUCUGUAUUUGCCAGCCUGCCAAGCCAUGAAGGUUGCAAUGGCGCCAUCACCUCCAGGCCAAUGGUUUAAUGAUGUUUAA